CAAUCAUCGUCUGCACCGGAUUUGGUAAAGCAGGAGUGAUUCUUUCAUCCAUUCGACUACAAGAUCAAGUUGUGUUGUACAAUUCAUCUGCAAGUUUCACAGUAUGGCAUCUAGAGCACCACUCACGGUGGAGGGCCUGAGCAAGUUGAGUCUAAACCACUUCCUUGACAAGGAUGUGGACCUCGGGAAGUUCUACAGCCGGGAGGAGCUCACCAGGAUGUCCUUUGCAGAGCAGCAGCGACUGAAAAACAUCUCACAAAACUACGAGAUUAUGCUUUACAUGGGCCUGCCUGCAAUCAAGCCAGAUUUCAUGAAGGGUGGGACAAACCGUUCACGCAAAGCUAAGGAGACAAUAAUGCCAGAGAAGUGUGACUUUGAUGCCGUGGUGGACUUUGCCAAGUCUGACUCUGACAGCGAUGAAGAAUGGACCCCUGAUAUGGAGAGGAAGAAAAGAGCCAAGGAAGCAGCGGAGAAGGGGCGAGUUCCACGUUUCAUGAGACCAGCGAAGAGGAAGAUGGAUGAGAGUGGGGAUGCUAGGGAGCCUUUGGGGGAAAAGAUUAAGCGGCAGAAAACAACAGACACUGCUUCCGAUAGUGAUAACAUGGACAGGAAGGAGUACAAUCUAAGGGAGAGAACUGCAGCCAACUGUAUGAACCUGGAGCCUCCAGAUGAUGACCACUUUCUGUUCUGUGAGGAGUGUAACAAGGAAUAUCAUGGAGACUGUCCUAUCCAUGGACCUCUUACCUUCGUACCUGAUAAACAGGCCCCAGAGCAAGCCCCAGACAGAGCAGACCAGACACUGCCUGCCGGGUUUCAGAUCAGGGUCUCCAGCAUCCCAGGGGCAGGGAUGGGUGUGUUUGCUACCAGAGAGGUUCCAGCAAGGACUAUGUUUGGGCCAUAUGGUGGUGUGAAGGUUCUCGAUGCUGAAAAGGCUCACAGCUCGGGCUACUGCUGGCAGAUCUACAAGGAAGGGAUACCAAGCCAUUUCGUAGAUGCAAAGGACAAGGCUACCUCAAACUGGAUGAGAUAUGUGAAUUGUGCUAACACAGAGGACCAACAGAAUCUUGUAGCAUUCCAGUACCAGGGUGGAAUAUAUUACAGGUCCUUCAAGACCAUAAUACCAGGUAUUGAGCUGUUAGUGUGGUACGGAGAUGAGUAUGCCAGAGAGCUGGGCCUAGUCAGAGACAAGAACCUCCUUUUCAGGCCAAAACAGACACCGAACGGGGUGUGUUACCCCUGUGUAUUUUGCAAGGUAGCCUUUUCUACUGCUGUUUCCUGUGUGAGACAUCUAAGGAUAUCUCAUGGUUGUGAUAAACUCAGUCAAGAUGAUCUACAGCAGUUGGACCAGUGGCUGAGACAAAAUGACAGAGAACAGUAUCAGCAAAAUUAUAGAAAUAGGUCGAAAAAAGAGAUAACACUAAUUUCACUGAAGGAAACCUCUUCCAAAGAAACUUUGGAAAACAGGGACAAUACUAAGUUUGCUUACAAUGAGCAAUUAGGUUUAUCUAAUUCAGGAAAGAUGUUUUAUAACAAACUGAAUGUCAACGGUAAGCUUAAAUGUACAAGUAUUUCUAGUUUUAAAGAGAAAAAAAUAACAUAUAAGAAGAGGCCUUACAAGUGUGAGACAUCUGGAACAGCAUUUACACAGGCUCCCAAUUUACAGGCACACAUGAGAAUACAUACAGGAGAGAAGCCAUACAAGUGUAAGACGUGUGGAGCAGCAUUUACACAGGCUCCCAAUUUACAGGGGCACAUGAGAAUACAUACAGGAGAGAAGCCAUUCAAGUGUGAGACAUGUGGAGCAGCAUUUACACAGGCUCCCAAUUUACAGGCACACAUGAGAAUACAUACAGGAGAGAAGCCAUUCAAGUGUGAGACAUGUGGAGCAGCAUUUACACAGGCUCACCAUUUACAGGCACACAUGAGAAUACAUACAGGAGAGAAGCCAUACAAGUGUGAGACAUGUGGAGCAGCAUUUACACAGAAAGGUGAUUUACAGAAACACAUGAGAAUACACACAGGAGAGAAGCCAUUCAAGUGUGAAACAUGUGGAGCAGCAUUUACACGGGCUCACCAUUUACAGGCACACAUGAGAAUACACACAGGAGAGAAGCCAUACAAGUGUGAGAAGUGUGGAGCAACAUUUACACAGGCUGCCAGUUUACAGGGACACAUGAGAAUACACACAGGAGAGAAGCCAUACAAGUGUGAGACAUGUGGAGCAACAUUUACACAGGCUGCCAGUUUACAGGGACACAUGAGAAUACACACAGGAGAGAAGCCAUACAAGUGUGAGAAGUGUGGAGCAGCAUUUGCAGUCAGUAGUUCAUUCUGUAAACACAGGAGAUUACACACAUGAUAACCUGUUGACUGUGCAAGCAACUAUUCCUAUUAAAGUAUACUUUAAGGCAAAAAAUACCUACGUUUCCGGUUACUCGACUGUCUCUUUUCCCAUAUUCGACCCUUACAUUUGUUUAGGUGAAAGUUUAAAAAGUAAUGCAUCGUACGUUUUUUUCGUUGUUUCUAUGUAACUAGUUCCGAAUCCUUUGUGAUCCGGAGAAUAAACACCCAAUACCUGAUCUACAUUACCGAGACGCUUUGUUAUAAAAAACAAAAUGGCGGCGCCCAUACUUCAGAAUAAGUGAACAUUUUGCGGCUUAAAAUUCUUGAGAUCUUUUCUCAACCUAUUGAAAAUAAUAGCGUAGUAUUGCCAACAUUUCUUCCUGUCCCUAUCCCUGCUCCGCUAAAAGCCAAGGGGAAUUGGGGACAUGCUAUGGGCUUAUUAGUCUCAGGAAAUGUUUCGAUAGAUUGUAAAAAUUGCGGUCAUUUAACAAUGCUGUUUAUCUGACUGAUUUAUGACACGCUUAGACAGAAGAUAGUUGACCCGAUGCAACACAUUAUUGCAUGAUUCUAAAAUUUGAAAUCAAAACUAAAAAAAUCAGAUGCCCUAUUUUUUCAGUAUGAAACCGGACAUACACAUUUUUAGUCCUUAAGUUUAUAACAUAUUAUGACUAGGGGUUGCGGUUUUUGUUUGUUUCUUUUUUUUAAAUACAUUAAAGUAAAUUCAUUAUUUUAUGCAUUUUGUCAUUAUUUUCACCUUACUUAUGGCUCGUAAGCACUUAUACUGACAUAUAUUAAAUUAUGUACUUGA